AUGUUUACGGGGUCUGGUUUGCUAUUGAAACAAGUGCGACUGGUUUCGAUCCUGAGUGAAACAGUCGAGAAGUGGUCUUGUUUCGCAAACCCCAACAAUCCUGCCGCCCGUGAUUCACCACCAAGAAUUGCGCAACCGUUCAUCGCAUCGCACCCUUGCGGUGGCUUCGCCCAAGUUACAGCCCCUUCGUUCACAUUGCGGAAGGCUUGGUUGGUUCUGCAAUCUCGCCCAACAACAUAUGUACCAGAAAACCAAUGUCGCAACAGCUUCUAUCCUCGAGUGGACUCCUUCCAUCUUUCUAUCUUUUUCACGUCAAAAGACAGCUCCAAAUCAUCGCUAGGAUUUAUGCAUAAAAUACAGCUAUAUAGUGCACCUUAG